AUGGCAAAGUUGAUAGUAUACAUUGCUUUUUUCAUUUAUUGCCAAGCUGCCAACCAAAAUCAGGCACCUAUGCCAAGAGCAGGAGGAGAUAUGCAACCUAUGCAAGCAGGAGUAGCUGCGGAGGUUAUCACAGAUUAUAAAACAGAUGAAUUAUGGGAAGAUGGACGAUUAAUAGCGACAGCAAAAGUAGAAAAACCAAUAAUGAUAAUUUUUGGCACAGCGGAACAUGGAAGAUCGUUUGUUUUGGAGGAGAAACCGUUUCUAUUUGCGUGGAACUCUCUUGACCUGAUAAAGUGA